AUGGACCACAGCAACCUGGAGCAGAGGAUGAAAAGGCUACGCCUUCAUGCCAGCAGAACAGCUAACAGCAUUCAUGUAUCCCGUAACACAAGGAACAAUACUCUCCCUGGCUGGGGACAAAUUAAAAAACUUGCUCUGGAGGCUAAACAAUUUCUUGCUGGACAACAUCAGCCUCAAGAGCCUGCUCUUCUUUUUGUUGCUAUGCUUGCACUACUUUCGUGCCACAUAACACAAACACGUGCUGCUAAUUAUUGGGCUUUCUUUCCUAAGCCUCCUAUCCUUCACCCUGUUACUUGGGAUGAAGAAUCUAUUAGGGUUUAUACUAAUUCAGCCUUUCUUCUUGGAGGGCUCAACAUUCCUGAUUCUGGAACCUUUAUUAAUGCGUUUAGUAAAAAUAUUACUUACAUGGGUGUUUCCUCUUCUCUACCCAUGUGUUUCAUCUUCCCUGUAAUGUGGCCAUUCUCUAAUUUUAUUCCUAAUUGUGUCCCUACUCAGAUUUCUGGUAUAAUUCAAGACCGAGUAUCUCUGACUCCUUCGUAUUCUCAAAGUAAGGCCUUAAAUACUAAUACAAUAAAAAUGCGAACAUUAACUGCUGUUCUUCCAGGAGCAAAGGUAUCUGGUGUAAAGGCUUAUCCUUUUGAAAAUGUGGUUACAAUGAAUAAAUUCUAUGCUCAUCCACCAAGAUACCCAGACUGUAAGCCAUUUAGUACUUAUUCAGAAAAAACAGAAAUUACUGUUCAAGGAGCACGCCCUGUAUGGAUUGAAUGCAUGUUUAAUUCUACCCGACCAACUCUAGUAACUGCUCCUGAUAAUUCUGAAGUUAUUCAAGACUGGAGCGUACUCGACCCCUUUGCUGAUUUUAGAAACUAUUUUAAUGGCAAAUUUUGUUGGAGAUAUUCUCUUAUACCUUCCCCUAUUCUGAUUAAUCGUAUUUCUACCCAAGGGUUUGUAAUUCCUAUUUUGGUGUCACAACAAAAUCAGUCUACUAGGUUUCAUAACCACAUUUGGAGGCUAUUGGCUGCCACUCGGAAUAUUACUUAUUCAUAUGGUCAAAAUACUACACAGACCUAUAACUUUAAAGCUUGUGUAACCUCUCCUUAUGCUCUAUUAAUGGCUAAAGAUCUAAACACUUUGCAAAUCAAUAGAGAACCUAAUAGUAAAAGAUAUUCUGUAAAUUGUAAUGAGUGUCUUUUAUCUAAUUGUCUAACCUCUGAGAUGAAUAUUAAAAUGAUGCUGAUUGUAAAACAACCACCUUAUAUCAUGAUUCCUGUAAAUGUUUCUUCUCCCUGGUAUGAUAAUCAUGUUAUAAAGGCUCUACAACUUUUAAAUAAUGAGUUAUCUCGUCCAAAAAGAUUUAUUGCUGCUUUAAUAUUGGGCAUAACUGCAUUGAUCUCAGUUAUUACUUCUGUUACAGUGUCUACUGUUGUUCUGGUUAAAGAAGUACAUACAGCAUCUUUUAUUAAUGAUAUGUCUAAAAAUAUAACAUUAACCUUAACUACUCAAGAAAUUAUUGACCGAAAGCUUAAUGAUAAGGUUAACGCACUUGAAGAGGCAGUUAUGUCUAUUGGCCAAGAAUUAUUAACCUUAAAAAUUCAACUGUCUCUUAGAUGUCAUUCGGAUUAUAAAUGGAUUUGUGUUACACAUUUACAAGUAAAUGAGUCCCAACAUUCUUGGAAAAAGGUGCAACAACAUAUUUUAGGAAUUUGGAACCAUUCGGAUUUAAGUUUUGAUAUAAGUGCCUUACAUAAACAAAUUUCAGAAAUAAACCAGGCUAGAAAGGAUUUCAACGCAGAUGAUCUUGCUACUGAUAUUUACAAUGGUAUAACAAAUUUGGUGGGACACUCCAGUUUCUUUUCUAUGAUGGUUAACGUUGGCAUCUCACUGACAAUAUUCUUGAUAAUAUUAUUUCUUUUGCCUUGCAUUUAUAGAUGUCUUAAGUCUAGUAUCUCUCGCUUGCGCACUGAAGUCAAGGCUUCUGAGUUCUUAAAUAAAAGGCGGGGAGAUCUUCAGUCAAGAUCAAUGGACCACAGACAACCUAAAUCAGAAGAUAAGAAGACUCCACCUACGUUCCUGCAAACGGACAAAUGA